AGUAGUAAAUAAAGUCAACGCGAAAGCGGAAGUGCUCAGCAUGGCUGGAGGAUAAACCGUCAACAACUUGGAUCGUAUUUACUUGUUCUGAUGGCCGAUACCGACGGCUAACACCCGGUAGCUGUUAGCACUUGAGACCAUGGAGAGCGCCGUCCGGCUGGGCCGUUAACGUUGUGGGCCACCGGCGACAGGGCGCGACCUUGACGUUGUCAUGGAUGUGUCGCGGUUGGUCCUGGAUGCUGGUCAGUUCAUCAACCGGGCUGUUCAGUACACGGGGGAGAGUCUUGGCCAGGCGGAAAAGACCGAGUUGGACCCCGGUCUGGAAGAGCUUCUGGCCCGGGCAGACGCCACCAAGACAAUGACAGACCAGAUAAUCUCCCAGACUGAGGUUUUACUGCAGCCAAGUCCCAGAGCACGGUUAGAGGAUCGGUUGUAUGACCAUCUGGACUGGAGUGUCCUGCCUCGGCUUCAUGCCCAUGACAUACUAGGAGAUCAAAUGACCCAGGCUGGGCUGGAGAUUGGGUCCAACACACCCUAUGGAAAUGCAUUGUUAAGGUGUGGAGAGGUUCAGAAGCAGCUUGGAAAUGCAGAAAGAAAGUUUAUCCAAAGCAGUAAAAUCCACUUUCUCACCCCUCUGAGGGGUUUCACUGAGGGGGAAGGCUACAGGGUCAUACAGGAUGAGCGCAGGACACUGCUGAACAAGCGUUUGGACUUGGACAUUGCUAAAACCAGACUGAGGAAAGCCCACGAAGCCGACAGAGAGGCCAGAAACCUGAAUGCAAACCCACUGGCAGAUGACUACUUGUCUCAUGUCUCCUACAUGUUCAGCUUGUUGCGAGUAAAAUGGCUAAAGAUGUGGGCUCAGGAAAUCUCUCAGGCAGAGAUGGAGCUGAGGAUCUGUCAGAGUCUGUUUGAUCGACAGUCAGAAAUUACAAGACGAGUUCUGGAAGGACUCAGCAGCACCCACACCAACCACAUGCGGAGCCUGACUGACUUUGUGGAGGCUCAGGCCUGUUACUUUGACCAGUGCAACCAACACGCACAGGAGCUUCAGAAACAACUGGCAAGCAUUCCAGCCAUCCUCUGCUCCAAUAAUUGGCAGUCAGCAAUUAACAGUGCAGUUAAUCAGCCAUCGGCAAGCAACCAUGUAGCCAACGAACCCCUCGGGUUAAAUCGGGUCACUUCGGUUCCCAUAGUCGCCCAGCAGCCUUUAGACUUUGACCAAGACUCAUGGACUGCAGAUCCACCACCUGAAACAACUACAGCCUCCUCUAUAACCACACAGCCACCAGUGCAGAUCAGUAAUAACAAUAACAACAACACCUUCUCCACUGCCAGUCAAGCAGCCAGGUUCCAUUCAACAGCUGACAGCCAGGCUUCUUCCAGUCAAGCUUUUGAUCAUGUCUGGAUGUCAGCUUCAGACAGGCGCCUAACAGACUAGCUCUUGGCACUCAACAGGAGAGUUAGCACACCUGUGACAGCUAACAGAGCACCUGCUUCAAGCCCAACACCAACGUUUAGUGCAACAUUAACCAAUGAUGCAGACAGUGUGAUUACAACAGCACGGUAAAUGCAGUAGCCGGUGAAGACCGUAACAGGUACCACGGCUGUUCAGCAUCAAACAACCAAUGAAACAACUAGUACAAAACCCUUCUUCAGUGGAGAUGAUGUCCAGGACUCAUCAUGCAAUCAGCAUGUAGCGGCCACAAUAAUUUUAGGAUUUAGCCAUAUUCAUAUAUUAUUAAUGUUGUGUGAAAACACUGACCGAGUAGCAUUCCUCUCUUGUGGCAGUAGAUGUAAUGCUUCCUGUCCUCAGACUGCAAGUCGAGGCCCAACUGUUCUAUCUGUGUGCAAAUCUGUGAAAGUAAAUCUUCAUUUGAACUUUUAGCCAAAAGAGAGAACUAAUCAAGCUUCCUGCCAAGUGGAUGUGUUUAUAUUUGUUAGUGUGAGUACAUGAAUGUCUGUCAGUGACCCACGUGUAGUCUGUCACUUGUGUUUACAGCUCACCCAGAGCUAAGUGUGUGUAUAAGUACUUGACAUUUUACAAGCUGAGAUCAUUUGCUAUAUGAAACAUGUCGUGUGUGUUGGGGAGCCCAGGGAGGUGACAAAGUUCUAGGUUUAGUGAGUCCUUUAUGUUGUAGCUCAGGUUAUGCUGUGCAUACUCAGGUUGUUUUCCCUUGACACAUAAUCAAAUCACUUACUUUACCUAUGUACCCCCUUAAAGCCCCCCUUAUGUGAAAUGGGCAGAAGUUUCCAUUACCCAUUACUGUGGUGUGGGUCCCCCCUGGAUGGAAACACACACCUUACUGUAGCACUGGCCCCAUUGAUGUAAUCACCCACUAACUGUCAGCCCUGGGCUUUUGUCCAAAUACAUAAAGAUGUGUGUGGGCUUGGACAUUCUGCAGUAUUCACAUUCUAGCUGCUGCCAGUUUUGAACUAAGUGUGCAUGGAGUCAUGAUUCAGUCAUGUGUUGUACAUCAAGCUGAUGUCAUUGAGAGGAUGUAGUCUUGACUUCAUGAUUCAUUGAAAAUGUGGAAAUAAAUGUGAAACUGUGAUGUCAGUUCAAAUCAAGUGUGGAUUCUGUCUCUGUUCUCUGGUCGUGGUGUUUCUGAUAUUUGCUUGCUUGGUCUUUGCUCGUAUACUUUCUCAUUCCAGCCAAACCUCUCAACCGAGAUUUACCCACACAGUUAUUUCUACGUUGAGGUCUUCUUCACCUUUUUCCUGUCAGAGGCUAUACAAACCAAUUAGAUCAAUUAAGAUUGUGAGAUGUUGAAAUAAGUAUAGCCAGGAUGCCUGUGAUUUAAUAAGGCCAUAAACACUUCUAUCUUCCUACUAUAUCAGCUUUACAUUUUCAUUGGGGCCUCGCAGGAGGUUCAGUCAAAGACCGCUUUUCAUUCCCACGACUUUUCCUAUGACUCAGCUCAACAAGAAUAGAUUCUCCUCUAUCUGUCCCUUGAUGCUCGUAAGUGAUUUUCCACAACACUGAUACAGCAAGUCCCUGUUACAUUUGCGCCUUAUUUUUUAUCAUUUCCUUUAUGCCCCCUGUUUGUCAGCAGAAACAGCCGCUCUGGUUUUCAUAGGAUGCUCCUGUGUGGUACAGGCAGGAAGGGAAAUUAUGUUUUGCAGGUCUGCUUGAGAUUUGAUUUGAUUUGAUUUGAUUUAUUCAUUCAAGCAUGUAAC